AUGGCGAAAGGUUCCCUUGUGGGGAAUCUCGCCAAGGAUUUGGGGCUGAGUGUGAGAGAACUGCCCAACCGGAAGCUCCGUGUUGUCUCUGCAGCUAAAAAGCAAUACUUCAGCGGAAUGGGGAAAGUGAGUUAUCAGCUGAGCCCCAAUCAGUAUUUUAUCCUGGAAGUCAAAGAGAGCCAGGAUGGAAAUAAGUAUGCAGAUUUAGUGCUGCAAAAAUCACUGGACCGAGAAACCCAGCGCAGCCUUCGCUUGAUCCUCACGGCUGUGGAUGGGGGAGAGCCGCGGAGAACUGGGACCGCCCAGAUAUGGAUUAAUGUCACCGACGCCAAUGACAACCCCCCCGUCUUCACUCAGGAGCUCUACAAAGUCAGCCUGAGGGAAAAUGCACCGACGGGCUCCUUAGUGCUUCAGGUUAAAGCCACCGACAACGAUGAAGGCUCAAAUGCUCAGAUCUGCUACAUUAUUAGCAAGGUAUCAGAAAAGACCCUUCAGAAAUUCAGCCUGGACUCAGAAAAUGGAAAAAUCACAGUAAAGGAGCCUUUGGACUUUGAGGAGACACGUGACUACACCAUGGCAGUAGAAGCAAAGGAUGGAGGCGGACUAGUGACACACUGCAAAGUGGAAAUAGAAGUUAUUGAUGAAAACGACAAUGCCCCCGAAGUGACAUUCACAUCCGUGUCCAGUCCAGUUCCAGAAGAUUCAGUACCUGGGACAGUGAUAGCUCUGAUUAGUGUUAAUGAUCUAGAUUUUGGAGAUAAUGGAAAGGUCGCAUGCCAUUUAAUGGAUGAUUUUCCGUUCACUAUAAGGUCGUCUUCUAAUAAUUACUACAAGCUCCUCACAGACAGCCACUUGGACAGAGAAAAGACCCCGGAGUACAAUAUCACAAUCACAGCCACAGACAAAGGCUCUCCCACCCUCUCCACCCAGAAAACCAUCCUAUUGCAGAUCUCGGACAUCAAUGACAACUCCCCUGUCUUUGAGAAACCUUCCUACACCGCCUAUGUGCCAGAGAACAAUCCCUCGGGGGCCUCUAUUUUCAGUGUAGAAGCCUCAGACCGGGAUCUGGACCGGAACGCCCGAGUCACUUACUCCAUCCGGAGCAGCAACCUCCAGGAGGUGCCUCUCUCCUCCUACAUCUCCAUUAACUCCCAGACCGGAGCUAUCUAUGCCCAGCGCUCCUUCGACUACGAGCAAUUCCGGGAGUUUGAAGUGCAAGUGCAGGCCCAAGACGGCAGGUCCCCGCCUCUCAGCAGCAAUGUCACUGUCAGGGUGUUUAUUCUGGAUCAGAAUGAUAACGCCCCUCGCAUCCUGUACCCUUCUCUGGGAGCCGAUGGCUCCGCCUUGUUCGAGAUGGCCCCUCGCUCGGCUGAG